UGUUUAUAAGGACGAAAAUUAUUCGCACAAAUUAAAACUGCAAAUCAAAUCGGAGCAAACCCUAAUUCAUGAUCCGGUGAUUUUUGCCUAUCUAGCGUCAGUCCUUCAUUCCUUUCCGGCUUCAUUCCUUCCUCGGUUAUUCCGUCAAGAGAAAGAAAGUCACGCAUAACCCUAAUUCAUCUCACGUCCUUUGAUUUUCAUCUUCAUCUCCAUCUUCAUUGCUUUUGAUCUAGCGCCGCAAUUUCCCUUUUUCCUCAUUCCUUUUCCAAUUUCGUCAUCUUCACCUUUGAUUUUUAGUCCUACUUUUCAAGAUGUCAUUGAAAGAAUCUUUAGCAAAGUUUCAAAGACAGCAUGAGAAGUGUCAGUCUACUCUUUCAAGCAUUGCCUCUGAAAAACAAGCUGCUGCCAAGGCCACUGCUCCUUCGAAGUCUAGUUAUAAUGUGCAGAAAUCAACUGCAACAGUCACGCGGCCUCCUCCUCCCGUUGUCAAAUUCUCAAAUGAUACAGAAAGGCUUCAGUUUAUUAACAACAUAAGGAAGUCUCCUGCUGGAGCUCAAUUGAAGCGUGUCAUUGAUCUGCUACUUGAGAGGAGGGAAGCGUUAACUCCUGAGCAAAUCAAUGAAGCAUGUUAUGUUGAUGUGUAUGGAAACAAAACUGUUUUUGACAGUUUGAAGAACAACCCAAAAGUGCAUUAUGAUGGGAGAUGUUUUUCUUACAAGGCAAAGCAUCAAGCCAAGAACAAGGACCAACUGCUUAGUACUAUACGGAAAUUUCGUGAAGGCAUGCCGGUAAUUGAUCUAAAGGAUGCUUAUCCAAAUGUGAUGGAAGAUUUGCAGACUUUGAAGGCUGAUAGAAAAGUUUGGUUGCUCUCAAACAUUGAUUCCCAAGAGGAUAUAGUUUACCCAAACGACCCUCGGGUCCCUAUCAAGGUGGAUGAUGAUCUCAAACAACUCUUCCGAAGCAUCGAGUUGCCACGUGAUUUUCUUGAUGUUGAGAAAGAACUUCAGAAGAGUGGUGUUAAGCCUCUUACAAACACUGCCCAGAGAAGGGCUGCCGCACAAAUUCAAGGCACUUCCACAAAACCGAAAUCUAAGAAGAAGAAGCAUGAAAUUAGCAAAAGGACUAAGCUCACAAAUGCCCACCUUCCAGAAUUGUUUCAACACCUUUCAUCACAGUGACCUUUCGAGCAUUUGUUGCUGACAUAACUGUUAAUUCUGGCUAUCGGGUCGUGUCGUCUCCAAAUUUUAUUCAUAUCUAGGAAGUAUGUCGAUUCGGUGAUAUUUCUCUUUUGUGCGGAUAAAAUAUUUAUUAUUAUCUCAUAUAGAUCGAAAAUAAUCUCUUUGUUAUCAUCAUUAAGGAUAAGGUUGUAUACAUACGGCUUUCAUACCUUGUUUAGAUGUUAGCUUCAUGGGACCACUUAAUGACAUUAGGGGGAAUUUUGUAUAUAAUGUCAUCAUGUCAUAAAGCUAACGAGUAAUCUAAGAUCAUAUGUUAAUAAUUUGCUUAUUUUUCUUGUAGAUUCCGGGCAUAUUUGCUUGCUCUUAUUAUAUGAUGGAAAUUUGCACUUCAAGACAUAUUAUUAUAAAGUUUAAAAGGAUUGCUAAUUAUUGCCAUUUUU